AUGUUAGAUGAAUUUUUGGACGAGUUGAGAAGCCCGGUGAUGUUUAUUUAUGUAUCAAUGUUGCUAACUUGGUGUGUGGCUAGUAGCUCCCAGUUGGGUGAUUCUGUUGAGUUAGAAUUCAAAGCAUAUCGUUUGCAGCAAUAUGAUAUUGUUGGUACUCCUCAUGGUAGUCGUUCUUGGCAAGUAAUAUAUGAAGCCGUAUCAUUGGAUAGUACUGUUCUUAGACGUUGCUUAGUUGUAAACUGGCAUGACUUAUUAGGUCGCGAUUUGCAAGCGUUGUUUAAUCAGGCCUUUGGUGCUGUCCUGAUUGUAUUACCAGCCAACUUGAACACGUUAACACCUUCAACAAAGACAAAAUUGGCUUCACUAGAAAAAGAUCUUUUGUAUUUAAAUACUGAUGUAGCAGUAUAUGUGGUACAGCAGCAACCAGAGUUACAGGCUCUCGUUGCGGAAGUAACGGCAUUUUCGAAAAGGUCUCCAACUGCCGUGCAGCAAUUGUUAAAUGCAAUAAGUGCAAAUAUUUUCCAGUUUUCAUCGUCAGCCUCGGUCUCUAAUAAUAUUGUGGUACCAAAAUCAGCUAACGUCAUAGGACACCUAUGGUCAGCGGAUCGAAAUUCACCAUUAGUUGUUGUGGUAGCACACUAUGAUAGCCAUUCAGCAAUACCAGGAUUGGCAAUUGGUGCAGAUGCUAACGGAAGUGGGGUAGCAGCACUGCUCGAAUUACUAGCAAUCUUCUCUCGCUUCUAUAGUUCUAACACAAUGAAACCUAAAUAUAAUAUGAUGUUUUUGCUGACCGCUGGUGGAAAAUUCAAUUAUCAAGGUAGUCGCCAGUGGCUAGAAGAGCAUAUUGAUAAGCAGAGCGAAACGAAUGUCGAACUUGUUUUAUGUCUUGACUCAGUAGGUAAAGAUGGCAGCCUUAUAGCGCAUGUAUCAAAGAUGCCUGCUGAAACAUCUCCUGUUGGACGAUUUUUUUUGCUACUGAAAGAUGCUGCACCUCCAAAUCGAAGUGUAGAAAUUGUGUCGAAGAAGAUUAAUCUGAAUGCCGAUUUGCUUGCAUGGGAACAUGAAAGAUUUUCAAUUCAACGCUUACCUGCUCUCACGCUGUCACAUUUCAAAUCACAUACUGAUUCUGGUCGAAAUUCAUUUUUGGAUACACCAUCACAAGUCGAUAUGGAAGUUUUAGAAACAAAUGUGCGAACUAUUGGUGAAGCUCUUUUGGUGUAUGUUUUAAAUUUGCCAAAUGCGAAAUGUGCGCGCGAAGAAAAUGUUUCAACUUGUUCAAUUAUGGCACCGGGAGAUAUUAACAGAAAACGAUUAUCAAACUGGAUGCGACAAUUUGGAAGCAAAUCUCGUUCUUUGGCUGCUAAUAACGAUUGGCUUAUAUCUAAUCUUAGGGAUACUGUAAUUAGGUACACUUCUGGACAAACUGUAGUGGAACCAGUUUCCGUAGCAGAAGUAUCUCUUUAUGGUAUACUCGAAGAUCGCUUAACGGCACAUCGAGCGAAACCAGCAAUCUUUGAACUUUUGUUAGCUGCUAUUAUAGCGCUUUAUUUAUCAGCGUUAUAUUUUGUUGCACCGGUGUUACAGACAUCCGUUGAAGCAGUACUUGUUAAGUUUAAAAAAUUAUGA